UCUGAAUAAAAAAUAAAAUAAUUAAUAUCAUACAUAAAGUGUAAAUACGUCUUUCAUUAUUUAAAUUAGUAAUUAAUUCACAUUAAGUACCUGUCGUUUCUUACAUUAUGUUAUUGUAUAAUAUAUCAAACGUUGGUAGUUGCAUUAAAAAUACCAAGUUAUUUUAACCAGUUGCUUCUUGAAAGUUGUGCCAUAAUGUGGUCGUUUUUCUCACGAGAUCCUACAAAAGACUUCCCAUACGAGGUGGGAGAUCCAGUACGGGGUUUAGAAGAUCGAACUGUGUGGUCUUUACACAAAGGCAAGAAAAGGGGCACUCAAGAUGAAGUGUCAAUAUUUCUAUUUGAUGUUCAGAAGAAUUCUGAGACUCUAUUCGAUAUUGCAAAGGCCUCCAUAAAGAGAUUAAAGACUAUGAGACACCCUAGCCUUUUACAUUAUUUAGAUAGUUGUGAAACCGAGAAAUUUUUGUAUGUAGCUACUGAAUAUGUGGAGCCAUUAGCUAAUCACAUAGAGAAUAUGAAACUUGAGGGCCAACAAAAGGAAUUAUUUCUUUCAUGGGGUAUAUUCCAAAUUACUAGGGCAUUGUCAUUUUUAAAUAAUGAUGGUAACAUGAGACAUAAUAAUGUCUGUUUAUAUUCUGUAUUUGUAACAAUGGCUGGUGAGUGGAAACUAGGUGGUUUUGAGUUCUUAACCUCUCAUGGACAAGAAACAACUAAUCCUAUACCUAUCAAAAUAUUGCCCUCAUUGGAAAUCUAUGAUCCACCAGAGAAGAAAGAUCCUGCCAAAUUGAAAGCUAUUACAAAAUGUUCAUCAGAUAUGUGGGGUUUAGGUUGUUUGAUUUGGGAAGCUUUUGAUGGCCCUUUGAGAAAUCAGCCAUCGCUAAAGACAACUGACCAUAUACCAAAGCAGCUCUGCACUUUAUAUUGUGAACUAGUUAGCGCAAAUCCUGCAUCAAGACCCAACCCUGCUGAUAUUAUUACAAGGUGUCGUAAAUUAGGCGGUUACUUUAAGAAUGAUCUGAUAGAUACAAUGCUGUUCUUAGAAGAGAUACAAAUUAAAGAUAAAAUAGAAAAAGGGAAGUUCUUUUCGACCCUAAGCUCAUUUCUGGACAAUUUCCCGGAAGCAGUGUGUGUUCACAAGAUUUUACCACAGUUGCUCACUGCAUUUCAUUAUGGAGAUGCUGGCUCUGCUGUUCUAGCACCCAUGUUUAAGCUAGGAAAAUUACUAGACGAAGCAGACUACCAGAAACAGAUUGUGCCAUGUGUUGUUAAGUUGUUUGCUUCAAAUGACAGAACAACAAGGUCACGUCUUUUACAACAUCUGGAUCAGUUCAUAUUGCAUUUGCAGAAUGCAACAGUUAAUGACCAAAUAUUUCCUCAAGUAGUGAAUGGUUUCUUAGAUACAAAUGCAGUCAUCAGAGAACAAACAGUAAAAUCUAUUGUACACCUCGCUUCUAAACUCAACUACAAUAACUUAAAUGUGGAAGUGUUGCGACACUUUGCCAGGCUUCAGUCUAAAGAUGACCAAGGUGGAAUAAGAACAAACACAACAGUAUGCCUCGGGAAGAUCGCGGCUCAUCUUCAUCCUCAAAUAAGACAAAAAGUCCUGGUUUCGGCGUUUGUACGAGCUACACGCGAUGCAUUUCCACCCGCGAGGCAAGCGGGAGUUUUGGCGCUGGCUGCGACACAGCAGUACUUUCUGCUCGCCGAAGUCGCUAACAGAGUCUUGCCAGCUUUGUGUCCGCUUACUGCCGACCCAGAAAAACAAGUUAGGGAUGCAGCAUUUAGAACGAUAAAGGGCUUCCUAGGUAAAUUAGAGAAAGUAUCAGAGGAUCCUAGUCUGAAAGAAGGAAUGGAGGCGGACGUACACUCGGCAACGCCGUCGCUGAGCAACGCGGCUGCCACAUGGGCGGGCUGGGCGGUUACAGCCGUCGCCGCCAAGUUCUACCGCUCACACUCAGAUACUACGCGCGUGCAACACCCCACAAAGUCCACGCUAUCCAAACCUGGCUCUCUAGAGCAACCAUCAUCGAGCAGUAUGUCAACAACAACGUCGUCGGUGACAUCGAUGACGUCUCUGGAACACAGCGAGUCUGCUUCCGACUACGAUCCGGAACACUGGGAUAUGGCCGCUUGGGGCGAGAUUGAUUCCAGUGCAGGUACGGGAGCGAGCGCAAAGUCACCGCCGAGCAGCGGUAGUGCUCAAGCGACGCCAGGGCUGGGGGCGCUCUGCGAGGAUGAUUGGGACAACGAGGAGUGGGGCACUUUGCAGGAGCAGCCGACGGCUGAAGCGGAGCUUGCGAGUCCUUCGGAAACUUGGAACAACGCACAAUGGAACGAACCUAGUAUGAACGCAAAUGCAACAUACGUGCGAGGCACUACGGCUGCUGCGAGCAAUACGGGCAGCCGCCUCGAACACAGGCCCACCGCACAUCAGAAUAGCAACGAUUCGCUAGGCGGUUGGGAAGACGGGGAGUUCGAACCCAUUGAGGAAAAUGCUGACGAAAACAAUGCAUCAAAAAUGGACGAAAUGCGUCGAAAGCGCGAAGAAAGAAAGCUACAAAGGCAACGAGAAAUGGAAGCGAGGCGCAGUGCCCGUGGUCAAGGGCCCAUGAAGCUCGGCACCAAGAUAUCCGGCGCGCCACCCUUCUAGUCCUCGCCGAUCCAACAGAUCGGGUAAUCCAGUAUUGAUAUAUUCCUGAUAUGUACGAGACGCAUUCGUAAUUUAGGGGCGGUAAUAUGAAUAUACGUUAUGAUAAAUAAAUUAGGGCUAUCAUAGCAAAGUCUCGUGAGAUCCUGUCUGCUGAAUCAUUAUCUGUCAAUUUUUAAAACCAAUUUCAUUAUUAUCUACAUAUACUGUUUUAAAUUUGACGCGGUCAUUAUUUAUACGUACAAUUAGUAAAAAUCACGGGAUCUUAUCACGUUUUAUUUUUGUCGAGUUCCGAUAUUUCAUAGUGUUUCAACCGCCAUUGAUCACAGGUGAACUGAGCUGGUAAAUACAAUCUUUUAUGGGUAAACAUUCGUUCGUUAACGAUUUCGAUAUUCAUUUUGACAAACUGAAAACAUCCCGUGAUUUUUACUAAUCAUACGUACAAACAAUCUAUAUUUCGAAAGUUGUUCUUGUUGACAAAUUAAUGUUGCGAGACUACAAUAUUCUUAAAUGUUACAAUUUUGUGCAUCAUAUCACUGUUGUUUAAUUGCCUUCUUAAACAGUGCACACUUUGUUAAUUUUUCGAAUAUGUCCUCGUUUGUAAGACUUAUCUAUGAACUUUUGUUUACUAUAGGGAUGACAAAUAAGUUUAUGAUUUACCUGAUGUAAACUGGUAACUGCUACCUUAUAUUGUGAUUUCCAUGUUGUGAACAAAUAUAAACAGCGUCAUGAACAAAUAGCAUGCAACGUUAUUACGUUAGCCCAUAGCCGCCUUCUAGGGCCUGCCCAUAGACAAUAGAUAAAGGCGAGAUAGGUUAGUCUCCAUAUUGUGUAACAUACCUGAUAUUUUAGUAUAUUCUUACUUAUAUAGGUGCCACCGUCUUAUCUGUCUGUUUUGAAGCAAUACAUAAAUUGCGUUUCUAUAAGAAGACGUAUGCUAACUCACUUACGUACUAUGAACGUACAUCAUAUAUAUAUUAUUCACGCUGUUUACUUAUGACUGUUUCCACUUCUCAUCAGGUGGUCUACAAAUUUGUUUGAAUUUCCCGUACGAAAAAAUACAUUCUGUAACUUUGGCAAAGUGUGUACUAGGAAGUGAUAAGUAAGAAGUAAUUCAUGUUACCGGCCUUGUGACCUCUAAUUAUAAAAUUCCCACCCGGGAGUUCGUAUACGUUAAGCCGGGAGCGCGUUUCGCUCGCCUCACUGCAAAGUGUUCCAUAGUGCUUAUGAGAUCUUUGAAUAAUGCAUGUAUGUUCAGAAAUCCGGGCUACUGUUUAUUCCAAAUGAUAAUUUGAAAUAGUUUUACACUAGGACUAUAUUAUUUUAUUUUAUCCAUGUAUUUUUAUAAUUAUGAUAUUUGACUCAAUAUAAUUAUGUUGACUUUUCUGUUUAGAAAAGACAUUGGUAGACUUGAUAAUAAACAUCUGUAUACUCUAUACAGAUAUAUACAGGUGUAUAAUCAUUUUAUAAUAAUUGAUCUAGAAUAUGUUUUAUAUUUGUUACAUUUUAUAACCCACUGUUGUAUGCCAUGAAAACAAACAACUUAUUACCAUAGCUGAUUUUACAUUGCAUUGCUAAUACUCAUCACAAUCGUAAAUCCCAAUAAUUAUACUUUUAUCUCAGACUAAUUAAAAAGAAUUUUUAGGCAAUAAUUUGUUUUCUAUGUAAUUUAAUUUUAGAUAAAUAUAAAAUGUAUUAUUGUAAUUUAAACGGCAAUCACUGUUCCCAUAUCUAUGAUAGUUAUAUCAACAUUAAUUUGAUAAUUGACUUACCUUUUUUCGUAAUUAUUAUAAAUUGUAUUGAAUAUUAGGGAACAAGUUACAUAAGAUAUCUAUUAUUAUAAAUCAAGAUAUAUUAUAAAUCAAGUCAAAUAGAAAGCUCAAGUGAGAUUAGAUGCCACUAAGGCAAAUCAGUUUGUACUUAUAUCUAGAAAUAUUCCCGCUUUAAUGUAAUUAUGAUCUUUCAGUAAGGCAAUGAUAAGGUGAGUGAGAACAAUCACAGAGUAAUCAGUAAAAAUAUAUUGUCUACACUAUGAUGAACAGUCGUAGACAAUUUGAAUAAAUUCAUUUAUUAACCUUAUUCAGCGAUUUUACCAGAUUUAAACUUCAUAGAAAAAAUGUGACUGCCAACAUUUUAUAUUAGGUAAAUAGUCCCUGAUAUAAAUCUCAUAUGUGAGUCAUAUUUGUAUUAGACUAAGUUAUUGACAGAUUUCCUCUAACUGCUACAUAUAACACAUAUUCAAAGUAAAUUUAUAUAUUUAUUUUGCUUUAUCUGCUUGUGAGGAUGGGAUUGUGUGCAAUCGGAGGAUAUGAGGGUGUCAAUUUAAAUGUAAGUGCUUCUAUGAAUGUUGUUACGUACAUUCCAGAACCGCUACUUGAAAAUGCAUUAUAUGAAGCUCUCUCAAUAUAAAAUCACAUCUGUAUAAACAAGUCUUAAUGUGUACAUAUUAAAAUUAUUAUUGUAACUGCACAUACUUUAUGGUGCAUUUUCAAGCAUCGGGAACUGAAUACCAGGUAUAGUGGAAUAGGAAGUCUUUUAUAUCCAUUGUACAUGCAUUAUAUGUAUUAUAAUAUUCAAACCACCAGACUGAGACAGUCUAUGAUUUUUACAAAGUAUAUGUUUUACAUUUUAAAUAGAACUUAAAAUUUCAGAAAUAUAAAAUGAUGAAAAUAGAUUAUUCAUAUACUAUAUAUAUUAUUUAUAUAUCAGUAUAUAAUCAAUAUGUAUUACUCAAAGCAAUUGUGUGGAAAACAAGAUAGUGACAGUUAUGAAAUCCGAUUUUUUAUGUAAUAUUUUAGUACAUUCAAUAGUUCUGUCAAGUAUAGUGUAAUAAUCCUCGUAAAUUAUAAACUUUUUAAUUAUUUACAGCUGUCACCAGUAUCAUUAUAUGGCGGACGGGGUAUAAUUAAUUUAAAAAAUCGAUUCAGAACUCUAUAAAUAAACCCAUUUUGAUAUUUGCUCAUCAAUAUUUUAUUACCAACAACAUAAAAUUAUUAUUCAAGUACGAUUUAAAUUUUCAUUCGAUACAAUAUUACAAAUGAGAUGAUGAAUGUAUGACUUUUAUUUUUUCUGUAUAGUAAAUAUUAUAAUUAAAUUUAAAGUAAUACAGAAAACCAAAUAAUUAUUGUCUGUUACCUGCUGCUACAAUUUUGUCUAUUUCUCUUGCUCUUUAUUUAUAAUACUGUUAUGUUAUUGAGUUAUGAUCAACUCUAACCGCCACUAAUAUCAACCAUUUGUACCAUCAUACCUUUUAUAUGUUUGUAAGAUUUAUUUAUACGAGUACCAAGUAGAAUAUGUGUAAAAAGCUAAAAUAGUUAUGAUCUACUACAGCCAAAAUAAAAAGAAUACAAUAUAUUCCUUAUUUAUUAUUGAUUAUUAUCUGACAAUCAUCAUCCUUCACUGAAUGUAAUUGCAUAACAUAUGAAAUAAAAUACUUCAACCAUUCAAGUAUUCUUUAGCAAAAUUAAAUUGAUAUGAAUUCAAGUUUUAUGUCAUAAUUUUAUAUAACGUGAACAAUGUUGCUAUUUAUAACACAGCGAUGAAACAAAAUAAUAAGAAAUUAUGCAAAUAUGACAAGUGUUAUAGGAAGCAUUGGACACUAUUUUUUUUUAAUAUUUGUUUGUCAUACUUACGUACUCUUUAUAGUGACGAAUUUAUUAUUGAUACUAAUAUAAGAUAAUAAGUAGAUAUAAGGUGUGUACCAUGCAUCUACUUACUACCGAUAGUUAGAAAUCAUUAAGUGAAUACCUACCGAAUCAAUUGAUAAAAUAUAUAUUAUCAUUUUAACCUUGCGAAAUAAACAAGAUUAAUUUAACAGAAUCAAAGAAUUAUUAUCUGUGUUGUAUCGUUACUAUAUAGCCAAAGUAACGAAUUUCACUCACACACUACUAUUGUUUAAGUUCUCAAUAUUUUUAGUAGAAUAUGCAACUUCAAAUUGUUAAGAUUGUGACUGGAUUACGUAAAAUUUACAUUUCGCUCUCUUAAAAUUCAUAUGUUGUAUAUGGCAUAUUAAUUAUAAUUUCUAAAGCACUAUUUGUUACGUGAAAAAUAUUGGCGUUUUUAUAAACGUGCGAUGUAAGUUUUACGAUACGAUUAUAAUAAAUAUGAUUGAUACUGUAUAUAAAUCAAUGGAAAAAAACAUUCUUGAUCUAUCUACUACCUACCUACAGUUCUGUAAAUAAAAUUAUAUAUACUUAUUUCUAUUUUUAUUACACUUUAUCUCGUUGCUAUAUGUUGUUAUGAGACGUAAUAGACCGCGAGCCAGAGCCUAGUUUCAUAAAUCUUUUCCUCACCCAAAAAAUUUUAAACUGGUAACGAUAGUUGUAUUAUGUAGGUAAGGAAGGACUUUUUGAUAAAAACACUCUCUGCGCUGUAACUUCAUUGUAAAUUUUUGUUCUUAUUAAUGAAAUUUAUUUUAACCGGAAAGAAAAUGCUCACCUUAUUGUAGACCUUUCGCUGGCUCGCGGGCCAUAAUGAAUUUGUAAUGAGUAAAAUGAAACAAAAUAAUAAAGCAAAACAAAAAUUUAAUGCACCAAAGGAUGAACUACAUAACGUUAAUCAAAUUGUUAGAAUAAACUCAAUAAUACUAAGUACAUUGAACAAAAACGCAAAAUUAUAUGUUUAAAUAUAUAUUAUAAUUAUACAUAAUUCAAUUUGCAAUAAUUAAUAAUCUACAUUAGUUAGUUUAGUAACAAUGAAAAUAUAACCUCUCCAUAUACGUUCAUACCGAAAUCUUGCAUCUUCUACAAUAUUAUUUUCAAAUCAAAAGGAAUACAGAAUACUUUGCAUAGAAAUUGAUAAAUAAAUUACUUCGUUUAGUUUGAACCCCAACAAUUUUUUUUUUAAAUACUCUUUUAGCAUAAAAAUCAAUAAUUUAAGUGAUAUUUUUAUGAAUAUUUUACUGCACGAUUAACAACAAACAUUCUAGUCUAAAAAAUAGGUAUGUAAUAUUUAAUAGAUAUUGCAAGUCUUCCGUAUGAGCGUUCUUAACUAAGUAAAAAUUAUGUGCUAAGACACCCUGAAAUCAAUUGAACACCCCAUCGGAUACUGUAGCACAUAUUAAAAUAAUAGUAGCUACUGUAAUAGUAAAAUUACAAUGUAGAUGGAAAAUUGUGAGAUACAGCAUCCGAUGGAUAGGAAAAUUGACCCUGCAAAACUAUAACAUUAACAACAAAGCAGAAUACACAACGUAGGUCACCGAUAACUGUUCAAUAGCAUAAUCUAAGAGAUUUUACCAAACAUAUUAUAUAGAUGAUAUUAUAUAAUUUAAUAUGUAUGCGUAACAUGAAGAAU